ACCUCCCCGCGCGUGCGUGCUGCGCAGCGGCUUCGAGGCGCUGAGGGGAGAGGCUCUGCUGCCAGCUCUGCCGCGGGGACCCGUUAGAGCGGAAGCGCCACCGCUGCCUUCGCUUUCCCGGGGCUCUUGGGUCCCGGCAGGUGAAGGCGGGAGCCAUGUCGAAGCGGCUCCGGAGCAGCGACGUGUGCGCUGACUGCAGCGGGCCGGAUCCUUCCUGGGCAUCAGUAAAUAGGGGAACUUUUAUAUGUGACGAGUGUUGCAGUGUCCAUCGGAGUCUAGGGCGUCAUAUCUCUCAAGUAAGGCAUCUUAAACAUACGCCAUGGCCUCCAACACUUCUUCAGAUGGUUGAAACCUUGUAUAACAAUGGUGCUAAUUCUAUAUGGGAGCAUUCUUUGCUGGACCCUGCUUCUAUUAUGAGUGGAAGACGGAAAGCUAAUCCACAGGAUAAAGUACAUCCCACUAAAGCAGAAUUCAUCAGAGCCAAGUAUCAGAUGUUAGCAUUUGUCCAUCGCUUGCCCUGCCGGGAUGACGAUAGUGUCACUGCCAAAGAUCUUAGUAAGCAACUCCAUUCAAGCGUGAGAACAGGGAAUCUUGAAACCUGUCUGAGACUGUUAUCUUUAGGAGCCCAAGCCAACUUCUUUCAUCCUGAAAAAGGAAACACACCACUCCAUGUUGCCUCCAAAGCAGGGCAGAUUUUACAGGCUGAAUUAUUGGCAGUAUAUGGAGCAGACCCAGGCACACAAGAUUCUAGUGGGAAAACUCCUGUUGAUUAUGCAAGGCAAGGAGGGCAUCAUGAGCUGGCAGAGCGCCUUGUGGAAAUACAGUAUGAGCUGACUGACAGACUGGCCUUCUAUCUCUGUGGCAGGAAACCAGAUCACAAAAAUGGACAGCACUUUAUAAUACCUCAGAUGGCAGACAGCAGCCUGGAUUUGUCUGAAUUGGCAAAAGCUGCUAAGAAGAAACUUCAGUCUCUAAGUAAUCAUUUGUUUGAAGAGCUUGCCAUGGAUGUGUACGAUGAAGUUGACAGGCGAGAGACUGAUGCAGUCUGGCUUGCCACGCAAAACCACAGCACCCUGGUAACCGAGACAACCGUCGUCCCCUUUCUUCCGGUCAAUCCUGAGUACUCAUCAACACGAAACCAGGGCAGACAGAAACUAGCCCGAUUUAAUGCCCAUGAGUUUGCCACAUUAGUUAUUGACAUUCUCGGCGAUGCCAAGAGGAGACAGCAGGGAAGUCCCCCCUCUGGUUCAAAAGACAAUGUGGAGCUUCUCCUGAAGACAAUCAGUAACCAGCACAGUACUGAGAGUCAGGACAAUGACCAGCCAGACUAUGACAGUGUGGCGUCAGACGAAGACACAGACCUGGAAACCACAGCAAGCAAGGCAAACCGGCAGAAGAGCCUAGAUUCAGAUUUAUCAGAUGGACCAGUCACUGUACAGGAAUUUAUGGAGGUCAAAAACGCUCUAGUGGCUUCUGAGGCCAAGAUACAGCAGCUAAUGAAGGUGAAUAACAACUUGAGUGACGAGCUGAGAAUUAUGCAGAAAAAGCUUCAAACACUCCAGAGUGAAAAUUCCAGCCUCAGGAAACAGGCCACAACCAAUGUAUAUCAGGUGCAAACUGGUUCUGAAUACCCAGAAACUUCCAACCACUCUUCCUUAAAGCGACGUCCAUCUGCCCGGGGCAGUAGGCCUAUGUCCAUGUACGAGAAGGGAUCAGGUCAGAAACCGUAUCUCCCAAUGGGAGAAGCGAACCACCCGGAGGAGAGCAGGACGAGACUCCAGCCCUUCCCUGCGCACAUCGGGAGGAGUGCGCUUGUGACCUCCUCUUCAUCUCUGCCUUCCUUCCCCUCCACACUUUGCUGGUCGAGGGAAGAAACCACCCGAAGGGCUUCCAGGCUAGAGAAACAGAACAGCACCCCUGAGAGUGACUAUGACAAUACUCCCAAUGACAUGGAGCCAGAUGACAUGGGCUCAGGCCGAAAGGGCAGGCAGAGGAGUAUGGUGUGGCCAGCAGACAGCUUAGUGUCUGAUGCAACAGAACCCCAUGCGUCACUCCCCAGCACUGAGGACGUCAUCCGGAAGACUGAACAAAUCACCAAAAACAUACAGGAGCUCUUAAGAGCAGCCCAGGAAAAUAAACAUGACAGUUACAUUCCCUGCUCGGAGAGGAUACAUGUAGCUGUUACAGAGAUGGCAGCAUUAUUCCCCAAAAAACCCAAGUCUGACAUGGUGAGGACUUCCCUUCGUUUACUGACAUCCAGUGCCUACCGGCUGCAGUCAGAGUGCAAGAAGGCCCUCCCGGGGGACUCCGGCUCACCCACUGACGUCCAGCUGGUCACACAACAGGUCAUCCAGUGUGCGUACGACAUUGCCAAGGCCGCCAAGCAGCUGGUCACCAUCACCACCAAAGAGAACAACAACUGAACAGCGGAGUGCUGGCCGUCUGCUUUCUGGGCUUUUUAAAGUCUGCUUUCAAAUUUAGACAUGGAACUCUUCAGAUUUUUACAAAAACAUUUAAUGAGAAUUUAAAACUUUUUAAAAGAAAACUCAGUAUUAUUUUUGCAUGUUUUCUAACAAAUUUUUGACUAUUAAUUUAACCAACUUGCCUUAUUUUGUGCCUGUUUACCAGUUCAGUAGUUUCUGACAUCCUGUUGUGUUGUCUGCAACUGUUGAGGUCACAAUCGUACACACCCGAAAGUUGUUCCCUUGCUCGAAGUGGGUUCAAACUUUUCCAUCUCUUAAAACUUCCUGCUUAUGGAUAAAAGUAUAAAUGAGAUAUUUUAGUAAAACAUUUUCUUGAGAGAGUUGGAUUUAAAAAAAAAAAAUCAACAUUACCUGUUCCCUACAAAGCUUUGUGCAAUAAGUAAAUUUUUCAGCCUGCAAAAUCUCUUCAGUUUGGGGUAUCUCCAAGCAUGUAUGCAGAGAAACGACUUUGCCAUUUUCUGAAAACUAGUGUAACAGCCUCUCGGAGGAAACAGUGAAUUGCUCUAUUUCUCAUUGUUCUAUCAUGUUAAAUGUUCCGGUUUUUUAUCUCAAUUUUCUGCUUCUGUUUUACUAUCGUCUUGAAGUCUCGGAAAGAUUCAUCCUCCACGUCAUGUCCCAUUUACCACAGUUAAGGGUAGGAGCACACCUGUCGUCCGUCACCCAUUGUCAAGCACUCUGCCUUACCCGCUAAGCUGGACAGUCCAUCUAGAACAUGCAGCAGAGAGAAGCCUCAGUCUGAGCAGCCAUGACUGACCUUGUGUCAUUUGGGCACCACUGCCAGGAACUGACACUGCGCUGUACCUCUCCUCCACAACUCAGUUAUUCCUUUAACCACUGACAGCUUCCUCAGAGGAGCUGCUUCGCAUGUCCUGUCAUCCAUAGGACUUCUAAGGUAAGAUGUAAAUAGUCAUCUUAGCUCCUCCCCCUUACCCUGCUGGUACUUAGCAAUUAGACAUGAGAGUUCUUUCCAGAACUCCACGGACACUGCCUACCUGACCAUAACUGUCCCAAAGCUCGGAAAGAGUAGAGCUCAAAAUCGAGAACACGCUGAGGCUGUGUUUUAAAUUACUCAGAAGCCCUUUCUUGUGCUGUUAGAGCCCAGUCCUGUCCUGCUUGUUGCUGGGGCCUUGUGUGCGGCAGCUCAGUCCCUGACCUGAUGGAGCCAGUGGGGCGCUAUGAAGAGAUCCUGGUGUGCAGCAGGGGGCACAAGUACGGCCAGCUGAGGAGCCCUGGCCACCUAUCAUGAACAACAGUUUCCUCACUCCACUCAUGUUGCCAUUGGAAAGGAGGACUUGGGCUGCCAAAAUUUUUAUUUUUUUUCCCAAGGAAGGGCACCAGAAAUCUGGAGUUUUUUGGCGUCACCACUCUAAUUAUAUGUUGGCAUGUUCAUGGAAACUGCAUGGGACUGUGAUCUCCAAGCUGCCACUCGCCGCUCCCCCCAGGGCCUGUACUGUGCAGCAUGAGGGCCUCACUUCCCCAGCCAGAUUGCGUUCAUCCUAAGCAAGACCUGGCAGACUGCCGUCUACCCUCUGUUAAGUCGCCAUCAGCCUGCUUUUUACCCAUAUAUUCUGUCUCACAGUCAUUAAUGAAGAAGUCAAAAUGAUCAAAGUAAAGGUCACCUCGGCAUGUGCUGACCAAGCCUCUGUCUUCACCAACUUACUUACUAGGUCAUGGUGUGUGCCUGUCUGGGCUCGCUACACAUUGAGGGGCAUGGGACAAGGGUCCACGUCUCCAGCAGACUCAGCCACUGACGUGUCCGCGCAGGCCUAAGUGCUUCAUUCCUGUCAGAAGCUCAGGAGAUAGAUGCCUUCUAGAAGGGGCCUCUUACCUUCAGCUCAAGCACUGCCAGACACCUUGGUCUGCAUGCUUCGUGGACUCACCUGUCCCCCCUCUUCCUUGCGAACAUCUACCCUCUGUCAGGCUCCCCAAGGUCCUUGGGAAAGGCCCAGUGGUGAUCCUGAGCCUGUGCCCCUGGCCUCCCAGAGAAGACAGACCUCCACAGAGGCUCUGGGAAGGGAGUUGUCAGCAGUACACCCAAGUGCCUGCAGCAGAGGACGUGCUCUUCAUGCCCCUUCACAAAGUCAAGGAAUGUAGGGACCAACAAAGUAUUUGCAGCUGUGAGAACACCACAGAAGAGUUUGAACCUGCAGUGCCAAACUCAGACAGGAGUUCCAGGUGGAGCAGUGGCAGUGGGAGGGCCACAUGUCUGCAUAUUUCCAUAGCCUCGCCCACCCGAGACCUGUUGUCGGAGUUCCCUGAUCCUGUGGGCCGGUCCCGCCUCCUCUGCAUGCUUGCUCCGGCCCCUUUUGCACAUGGGUCCCCUUGCCCUGCACAGGCUACCUCCUUAGCCUGUGUUUUCACCCUUUCUUCCCUGAAACUGAUGAGACAGAGGUGCACUUUAUGAGCCGGCACUUGGCUAAGCAGAGAGAAGCAGCUCUACCCCUGAGCUCCUGGGCACAGAGCUCAUCUUCCACUUGGGAGUGCAGAUAGUUCUUACUUGCCAAAGAACAAUGCGUUGGGCCCAAAGAUCAAGGGCAGCGUUUCAUGAAAUUGGAACUAGAAACGCACAACUCGGCCGCUUCCUGGGUCCUUGACUCAGCACCGCGAGUCCUUGAUCAACAGCGAAGCUGCAUGUUUUUUAUCCUCAGCGGUCCCUGUGAGCUUCUGACAGCCCGCUUUCAUUCCUUCCUCGUCCUAGUAGAAGGUCGCCCUUGUUCUUACACAGAAAAUGCUGCAUAGGAAAAAUGAGAUGCCUUUUAUUCAAAUGUGUUUUAUGCGUGUCACUCAUUCUGUACGUAUUUCUCACCUUUAUUGUACAUCCUGUUCCUGUAAUUAUUGGCCCCUUCACAUGUUGUAAACUCGUUUUGGAUUUUGUGCCUGCUAGUUAUGCAAUAAACAGGCUCUGUACGUGUC